AGACGGAGCUCGAGUUCCCAGGUCCUCCCCCCAGCGGCCGCCAUGGAGGACGCCAGUCUUCUGUCAAGGGCUUUGUUCCUAUGGUUCCAGCCGACGAUGGUCGCUGGCUUCAAGGCCCCGCUCCAGAGACACGACGCGCCGCCCUUGCCCACGUUCCUGGACCCCGACUCCCUGUACAAGGAUUUUGACCGAUGCUGGCUGGAGGAGCUCGCCAGAGCCAAAGAACGAAACCGCCUCCCGUCCAUGUUCAAGCUGUCGUACCGGCUCCUGCGAUGGGACGUGCUGCGAGCCGUGGUCCUGCAGGUCACCACCGUUAUCUGCAGAUUCGGUUCGGUGCUGGUUCUGAGGCGCUUCGUCCAGAUCAUCAUGGUGCUGGAAGUUGAGGAGUCCUUGUUCAAGGAGGGGUUGUUUAGCGCGCUGUGCCUCUUCGUUCUGGCCGUCUUCGUCGGCACACUGGAGCCGCUCGCCACACAGCAGUGCCAGUUCGCCGCCUACCGCCUCUACGCCAGCAUCGCCAUGGCCGUGAGGAGGAAGGGCGCGGAGCUCCACCCUGGCGUCCAGG